AUACGCACUUCAGCAUCAUAAAGGCUGUAUUAAAUAAACUAAACAAUUCUUUUAAACGAAGAAAAGAUCUUUCCUAAAGAAUAAGUACAAGAACUUUAGUAUAAUAAUUUUCUUACCACAUUGAGACAUGAGGUUACUGGUACUAUUUUUAGUCAUAGCUGCUGCUGGUUGCCAUAUUUUUAAAGAGAAUGGUUUAGCUGACAUGACAGAUAACGAAACAAAUGACGAUGAUGAUUCUGAAGCUACUGCGCCAACACAACCUCCACAACAAACACCAGAUCCCAAUGCAGGAGGAGAAGGAGCAAAUGAGGGAAACGUGGCUGCGACAACGCCAGUCCCUGAAAAGGAAAAGGCGACACCCGAAGAAGAAGAGGAGGAGGGAAAUGAAGCUGGGGAGCCAGCAGGUACAACACCAGCACCGGUUAAAGGAGCACCGCCUCAAUACAAUAUUAACCUCGUGCCAGUCCAGGAGUCAGGCUCUGGAUGUUUCGGUGCGUUCACUAAUGCUUACUUAAAUGCCAAAGACGUGAAAACGAGAAAUGCUGCAUUUCAAGAUUUACGAAUAUGUUUAACUCCAAAAUGUGACAUAAAAGCCUGCAAUAAAGACAAACGAAAAUGCGAAGCUAAGAAGAAAUCGUUAACUCCAACCGACAAAUACGAAUGCUGGUAUUACUGGUACGAAUGUAUAUCUGACACAUGCGCAGUAGAGUUGUGAAAACUGCAUUUACAAACUAUAUUUAAAUAAUUUAUUUUUUUAGUUUCAGUACGUCUGUUUGGUCUUUUGACUUUAAUUUUUUUAGUUCCAAUGUUUUAGUUGACCAUUUGACUCAUCGUUUAAAACAUUUUAUAUCUGCAUAAUAUUUUCUUUCACGUCUAUAUUUUAUCUAUAUAAAAUAUAAGUAAAUAUUUCUAAUCGAAUUAAA